AUGGCGAUACUGGUCCAGGGAGCGCCGAUCCAAGGAUCUGAGGACCGAUUGAACACAAAAGUGGCCGCUAUUGUCGUUUCUCCCAUGACAGACCAGGAACCUGCUGCACCAAACCGCUCAACUCGGGUUGAACACGCCCAGGCGCCGAUAAAGAGCCAGAACGAAAUACCUGCUGUUGGACCUGCGCCUCCUGCCAAGCUGGUCGAGCCCACGCCCACAGAAGCAUACCGAGAGAAAUCUGUUAUUGCUUACGAGUUGUCGAAACUUCCAUUCAAGACACCACGACAACUUAAGGUCAUUAUGGUUGGAGCGGGAGUCAGCGCUCUUUCGUUCGCACACGACGUGAAGGUGGGACGGCUGCAGAACAUCGAGCUGCAAAUCCUGGAAAAGAAUGCUGGACUGGGAGGAACAUGGUUCGAGAAUCGUUAUCCAGGAUGCGCAUGCGAUAUCCCCAGUCACAAUUAUCUGUUCUCCUGGGCCCCGAAUCCAGACUGGUCAUCGUACUAUGUCACGGCACCUGAAAUACUCAAGUAUCUGGAAGACACCACGGACAAAUUUGACCUGAGGAAAUACAUCACGCUUUGUCGGAAAGUUGUUGGAGCUCGAUGGCUCGCUGAGCGACAGAAAUGGCAGAUCAUAAGUCGACAGACUGAUGGUCGAAGAAAUGCCGUGUCUUCUUUUGGCAUCAGCGAUGGCGAGGUGGGCGAGGAAAUCGUGGACGAGUGUGACAUUUUCAUCAACGCGAGUGGCUUCUUCAAUCACUGGAGAUGGCCUGCUCUACCUGGCCGGGAAUCUUUCAAAGGCACCAUAGUCCACAGUGCGAAUUAUGAUCCCAGCAUUGAUUUGCGCAACAAGCGGGUGGCUGUCAUCGGUAAUGGAUCCUCGGGCAUUCAAGUCACGACAGCCGUACAAAAGGUUGCCUCUCAUGUGUCGGUCUUUGUCCGUAACCCGACUUAUAUUACGGCGAAUUUCGGGUCCAAGUAUAUUCCAGACGGUGGCAAAGACCUCUUGUUCAGUCAGGAGCAGAAAGAUCUUUGGAGGAAAGAUCCUCAAGAAUACCUCCGUUUUCGCAAAGCAGUGGAGAAGGAACUUAACAUUCGCUUUGGGACCUAUAUCCGCGGCACGCCUCAGCAACGAUAUGCAAGAGAAACUACCGUGCAAGACAUGCGACAAAGACUUGCUUCCAAGCCGGAGCUGGCAGAGUUAUUAAUUCCCGACUUUGCGCUGGGCUGUCGAAGGCCGACACCUGGAACCGGGUAUCUCGAGGCUCUUUGCUCUCCCAACUGCGAGGUGGUUUGGGGUGAAUUGCGUCAGUUUACAGAAACGGGUAUCGAGUCGGCCAACGGUACGAAGCGUGACUUCGACGUCAUCAUCUGUGCCACAGGGUUCGACAUCUCUUUUGUCCCAAGAUGGUCGAUCAUCGGCAGCGACAAUAUCGACCUCCGCUCAUCAUGGGCAAAAAACCCGGCGUGCUAUAUGUCCUGUGUGGCCCCGGAUAUUCCCAACUACUUCACCUAUCUCGGGCCCGGAAGUCCCGUGGGAGCGGGCAGCCUGAUCACCGCAAUUGAGCGGGUGACCUUGUAUAUCAGCGAUAUAUUGAGAAAGCUUCAAACCGAGAACUACAGCUCUUUUCAGCUGAAAGCCGGCAAGGCCGAGGCAUAUCGAGAACACAUGCAUGCAUGGCUCGAAAAGACUGUUUGGAAGGACAAUUGCAGCAGCGCUCUCAAGAAUGGCAGACGUGACGCACCCUUGGAUGCCUUAUACCCUGGCUCACGAGCGCACUUGUUCGAGUUACUGAAAACUCGUCGCUACGAAGAUUUUGAUUGGGUGUCCCGUUGCCCUGAGUCAGAGCUUGCUUUUGCUUGGUUGAACAAUGGUUUCUUGGAGCACGAGUAUGAGUAUAAUGACGACUUUGACGAUUCGUGA